CAUUCAUAAAUUCCCAUCUUCCCUGCAUUAUUAUUAUUAAGAAAAUCACCACUAGUAUGCCGCCAUCGACACCGAGCGUGACUGAUGACCCAAAAAAGCCGAAGGGAGGCUCAAAAACCAACGUGUUUGGAAAACCAGUGACCGAUGACACUGUGAAGAAACUUUUUCCUGGUAAGGGAAAGAUCACCAACAGAGACAGGGCUUACGUGGCGUACAACCUGAAGAAUGAAGAUAAGAAGGAAGACUUGGCCGUCGAUUAUGCGGUGAGACUCAAGUACGAUGGGAAGGUCGAUGCAGACAAGGUAGCUACAGUUUGCGUAAUUUAUAAUGCUACUGGAGUUACCAUCGAACUUUUUAAGCAGAAAGAUUUCAAUGGUGGCACUAUAUUAGACCCGGGGUACCCUAGCAAGAUUGAAAAUGGCCAGUGGGCUGCUUUCCUCCAUGUGGGAUCACAUGCCGCAGUUGUAUACCGCGGCCAGAACGAGUUACAUGAUUGUGCCUGGUUGCACGCUUGGCAGAAUUUAGGCAGCGACCAGCGAAAAUCGGUUUGUACUGAGAUUCAAACGCCUGACCAUUACGAAGAUGAUGAUGUUUUGACAUCUUUGAAAUCAUUGACUAAUCGUGAUAAAGACACUUGGAAUACUGGGAUUGGAUGCUACAGUUAUGCAUCUAUUGACCAAGUCAAAGGUUUUCCCGACAAAUAUACAGGAAUAAUGACCUUGGAGGCUAUCCCUCCUUCACCACCUGUUACAAAAUAUUCGUAUGAUUAAAUAGUAUAUAUCAUGCAAUAUAUAUAUAUAUAUAUGAAAUAAACUAUAUAUAUUGACAAUUAUGCCAAUAUAUAUAGACAACCCUAUAUGUUUUCACCAAAAAAAUAUAUGUAUACAUAUAUAUAAUAUAGAUGUCCCUACUUACAUGUCUAUGUGUGUGUAUAUAUAUGUGUGUGUGUGUGUGUUAAAGAAUAAGGCUGUAAACGCAAGUGCACUGUGCAUGCAUGCAGCAUUAAUGUUUAUAGACUUGGCUACUUGUGCUCUAUCUUGUUGGGGAUUAUGUCCUUGCAAGAAGUUAUCAUAAUAAAGUGUUCUAUUUACUAUUUGCAGUUA